AUGGGACAAGCGAGUGUGCUUCACGGAAUGACCCCAUGGAUGCGAUCGCCUGUUGUCAUUCAAUCUGAUAAGAAGCGCCUUCAUUCUGCUUUCACCCGAGUCGGCAAGCUACGCCCAGCAUUUCCCCGAAGCCAAAAUUUCAUCUCGGCCAUGUAUUCGACCAUUGUGCUCAGUGUUUUGGUAGCGGCCCUUGUGCUGGCAUCACGCCGAUUCAACCUUCUAUCCAGAGUCUUGACGUUUUACUUGAAAUGGCGAGAGCCGAUUACAUCGGUAGACGGCCGUCAGAAUCUACCAACAUUACCAUUCGUAUGGCCCAAUGGGCAAGGCAACGUUGAGAAGUAUCUUCACGGCCGAGAAAAUAGCGUCCGAUGGGGUGCUGAGUACGGCUCGAUCUAUCGUAUCUGGUCAGGAUUCCAUGGAGAAAUGCAAGUCUCCUAUCCUUGUCACGGCUCAGAUUCACUGUUGACAUGUGUUAGCAUUUUGACCAACCCAACUGACAUAGAGACGGUAUUUCGUGACUCUCAUACCCACAUCAAGGCUAGCGCCAACGACAGUGGACACUACAUGUACCAGCUUCUCGGUGUAUGUCUUGGACUUGUCAGUAAGAAGGAAUGGCAGUCUUUGCGCAAAGCCACCGAGGCGCCCUUUACUCGAAUGGCAUCGACCACGUACGUUGAGCAUGUGCUUGAAGAAGCCAGUAAACAUGUUGCCGGCCUGAUGGAAAAUAAGUUGUCGAAAAAGUGGCUGCUCCAUCCUGCCGCAGAUCUCAGAAUCUACCCCUUUCUCGCUCUCGCAGGUAUCUUGUAUGGUGAGUUGACGGCAGACUUGAAGCGCAGACUGAUAGAUAUCAUUCCUGGAAGAGACUCGGUCUUUGCGCAUAUGAUUCGUGGGGGAGUCACUCGCUACACCUGGGCGAGCCACCUUCCCAUCACGGCAAACCGCGAGAUGCGCACUUUCAAGGAGGCUUGGGGCAAGUGGAAUGAUGAUGCUCAUGCGGAAGCGUUACGAAGAGGCCAAGCAGCACCCAUCAUCGACAUGUACAGUCACCUAGCUCGAGGCACAAUCACACGGGAGGCUCUACUACAAACACUCGACGAGAUGCUAUUUGCCAACUUGGACGUCACUAUCGGAGCAUUGGCCUGGACGUUUGUAUUCAUCGCUGCCUACCCUCGUGUUCAAACACGACUUCUUUCUGAAAUCAAAAAUGCAAGUGUGGACCCGGACACCAACAAAGCCUACCUCAUGUCGCAGAGCAACUACCUCCACCAUAUACUCCUCGAAGGCAGCCGUCUUCGGCCCGUAGCCGCCUUCUCCGUCGCACAGGCCUGUCCUACCGCUCGCCAAGUGGGUGCUUUCUAUCUCCCCGCAGGCUCAAAGUUUGUAGUCGACGCCCACGCACUCAACGUCCGCGAUCCUGUCUGGGCCCCUGACAACACUGCUUUCCGACCAGAAAGGUGGGCUGAGGGCGGCGUGCAACGCGCCAAAGACGUGCGAUAUUGCUACUGGAGAUUUGGAUUUGGUCCGAGAGUCUGUCUGGGAAAGUAUGUCGUGGAUCUUAUGAUGAAGGCUAUUGUGGUCGAAGUGGUUACUAAGUGGGAGGUGAAGCUAGAGGAUGAUCAUGGGGACAAGUGGAAAUGGGAUGAGGAGACUUGGUCUUUGCCUGCCAAUCUGAGGAUUGCGUGUGUAAAACGCAUGAGCUGA